UCGUUACACUGCAGUACCACCCCUAUAGCACAUAAUGGCAGUGCAGGACGAGCGAAGCAACGGAGAAUUCGACAGAUGAAGUAUGCUUAAAGAGUCUCAGUGUCUCAGAACGCGUGUGGUAGAUAAUGUAGGGUAUACUUUGACAUCUAGGGGUAUUAACCAAGCCCGUCCAGUGGAUAACUCAGAGCCUCAGAAUGAGAAUUUCUGUCUCGCUCUAUCCUUCCCCAUGCUGCUGCUAUACCAGUAAAUUACCGAGCAUGAGACGAUGCGUCACUUGAGAGGGGUUUUGGUUGCUGCUGACAUGCUGUAGGAGGACGAGGAUGAUAUAUAAGAGCCAUUAGAAAUGCCAUUGACCAAGAAGGCUCUCCAGAGCACUCACAACGCAUCAUCCAGUUACAACAAACCAAAGCCCAACAUCGACAAUCAAUCAAUAUGCUCAACCUAAAGCUUCUCCUCCUCGCAACCCUGUUCCUGGCCACCCAGGUCUUCGCCUCCAGAAUCUCCUAUUCCACAACCUAUACGGAAGGCGGCGUAUCUGGACACGGCGGCGUCGAACAAAAGGCCGCCGGGAAUAUCCCAAACGACAAAGACAAAUUCGUUCUCGACAAUAUAAAGACAUGGUCUCACAACAAGUUCCAGGCCAGGAAAAACAGAUCUAUCAUUUUGGUCUCGAGUGUCCAGAAAGUCAAGACCAAGGGCCAGGCUGCUAGCAAUAAUAACGAGGCGCAACAGCUCGUUAACCGGCAUGUUAGGUCUCAUUAGGCUGAUUGGGUUGUAAGUCUCCUCCAACUGUUGGCUGAUAGGGAGUUUCGUUACUGGUGUGAUUAGCGAGUCUGGGAUAAGGGCUUGCCGAUAUGCUGCUUUGGCUUGUCAUGAACCGGGUGCAAGAUGUCAAUGGAGGAUUCAUGGUUGCUGUUAAGUCGUUGUAUAGAGUUCUUCACUGCUGGAGUUUAAGCUCGGCCGACUAUCAGCGGGUUCCUGUCUUUAGUGUUUCAGAAUCAACAUUCAUGCAGGAAAUAAAUUGUCUUUGUGAUUCGCC